UGGGACUCUCUGGGACUGCAGUGGCGGUGGAUCGGGCUCCAGGUUGGCCUGCGGGGAGGAAGCGAGAACGCACGACGAGGGCUGUGCCAGCAUGGACUGGGGCACAGAGCUCUGGGUCUCUGGCUCUGGAAGUUCAUCUCUCACGAGAUGCAGGAAGUUGGUUCUGCAGGAUCAAUUUGACACAAUUGAGCGCCACACUCAGUGGGGCCUGGACCUGGUGGACAAAUACGUCAAGUUUGUGAAAGAGCGGACUGAGAUUGAGCAGGCGUAUGCAAAGCAGCUGAGGAAUCUUGUGAAAAAGCAUCUCCCCAAGAGGAUUGCACGAGAAGACCCAGAAUUAAAGUUCUGCCAAUAUCAGGCCUUUCUUCAGGUGGUGAAGGAGCUGAAUGACUUUGCAGGCCAGCGUGAGAUAGUAGCUGAGAACCUUCUGACGCAGAUCUGUGUGGAGCUUGCCAAGUAUUCACAGGAGCUCAAGCAGGAGAGGAAGUCGCACUUGCAAGAAGGCCGGAGGGCUCAGCAACAGUUAGAGAACUCCUUCAAGCAACUUGAAAAUAGCAAACGGAAGUUUGAGCGAGACUGCAGGGAGGCUGAGAAAGCUGUGCUGACAGCUGAGAAACUGGACCAAGACAUCAAUGCUACCAAGGCAGAUGUGGAGAAGGCAAAGCAGCAGGCAAACUUGCGGAGUCAUAUGGCUGAGGAGAGCAAGAAUGAAUACGCUUCGUAUCUGCAGAAGUUUAACCACAAUCAAAGCCAGUUCUACUUUCUGGAGAUGCCACAAAUCUUCAAUAAGCUGCAGGCGAUGGAUGAGCAGCGCACACAGCACCUCAAGGAAGGCUAUAGCAUCUUUUCCGAGACUGAGCAGCAGGUCAUGCCCAUCAUUGGCAAGUGCCUGGAGGGCAUGAAGGCAGCAGCUGACAUGGUGGAUGAGAAGAAUGACUCGCAGGUGCUGAUUGAACUGCACAAAUCAGGCUUUGAGAGGCCAGGAGACAUGGAUUUUGAAGACUUCAGCCAACCCAUCAAUCGUACCUCAUCAGACAGCAGUCUUGGCACCCCCCGCGGAACCCUUGAUGGUCGACUGGACCCCCGUAUGCUGGGCAAGAACAAGGGGAAACGAUGGCCCUUCAGCAGGAAGAAUAAGCUCCCACCCCCUCCCCUCUCCUCCUUAAAUUGCCCUUCCUCCUCCUCGUCUUCUUCCCCUACCACAUCUGCUAUCAAUGGACCUUCAUCCCCCAAAUUCACCCGUGACCCCCUGUCUUACUGUUUGAACGAGAUCAAUAAGACAGUCAAACCCCGCAUCACGUCCUUCCGCAGCCUCAAACGGGUGACUGUGAUCACCGAAGACUUUAGCCACCUGCCUCCAGAGCAGAGGAGAAAAAAGCUGCAGCAGAAGAUUGAGGAAAGAAAUCGGGAGUUGCAGAAAGAGCUAGACCAGAGGGAUGCCUUAAAUAAGAUGAAGGAUGUUUACCAGAAGACGCCACAGAUGGGAGAUCCUAAUAGUCUUGAGCCAAAGAUCUCGGAAACCCUGGGGACCAUUGAGAGAUUGCGCCUAGAAAUCCAGAAAUAUGAAGCGUGGUUGGCAGAUGCAGAGAGCAGGAUGCUGAGUAACCGCCCUGAUACAGCUGCACGCUACAACCGCCACUUGGAUCAUGCCAGUGCUCUGAACAACAACUGCUCGCACGAGAAGGACCGCCUCAAUACCACCCAUUCGGAAGAUGUAUUGAACCAGCCCAUCUACACGGAGUUUGAUGAGGACUUUGAGGAGUUGGCAUCACCCAUUGGUACCUGUGUGGCCCUCUACCAAUUUGAAGGUUCCAGUGAGGGCACUAUCUCCAUGCUGGAAGGUGAAGAACUCGGCUUGAUGGAGGAGGACAAGGGUGAUGGGUGGACACGUGUACGGCGAGUCAAAGGGGGCGAGGGUUACGUUCCUACUUCUUACCUCCAGGUCACCCUAAACUGAAUGCAGAAUUGUCCGAAGCCCUGCAGCUGGGAGAGUCCCAAGUCAACAGCAGGGAGUGAGUGGAAGAAGUACAGUGUUUCAGUUGCCUUGGAAGAGCCAUAUGAUGCUGAUGCCUGCUGUGGGUGUGUCUAUAAAAAAGGCAUCUCACACCAAAUUACUAUUGCAGAGCUGUGGGAGAUAAUUGACUUCUUCUUGAAGGGAAAAUGGUGGCUACAGCCCACUCAACACAGGAUCUUGGAUAAGAGGUGGUGGGGAGGAAAUGGCCUCCAUGCUGAUGCACCCAACCAGUGAUUCCCCUUCCCUGUCAUGCCUUUCAAGGCAAGCAUAGCUACACUUUAUUCCUUGUGGAAUGUUCUCUAGCAGGAACGGUUGCAAAGUGCCACCUACUUACUCUUUUAACAGUUGCAGUUUAGCAUGAAGGAGAGAUUCCUCAUUUCCAGCCUCUCACCUGGGUCAGUUGCCUAUAGCAUAAACGUGUGUGGCUUCCUCUCUCCUUGCUGCACUGGCAGAAAGAACCUGGCUUCUCAUUGGGGUGAGAACAUAGCAGAGCUCGCUCUCUUCCCCCCCCCCCAAGAAAUCAGUAGCUGCUUUAUGCUGCAGGCAGUAGACUGUACGUGUGCUUUUGAGAUGGAGGUGCUCAGUACCAGUGAGAAGGGAGCUGGAUUGGAAGCCUUUAACUUGCACCCCCACGAUUGCUGCUAUGCCUGCCUUUGGCUUUCCUUUUGAGAGGGUGUGUGGUUAGGGGAGGGGGCAAACCAAGUUGAGAAUGGCAAGCUAGCCAACUGCUAUUGCUAAUAAGUUUAGGCAUGAGCGCCACCCGGAGGACCUCUGCUCAGAGGGCAGGCUGAAUCCCACAGUGGCAGCAAACCACAUCCAGAUACUUGCCUUGAAAUGCACUUUAUUUUUCCUGAGUUUGAUUGGCCUGGCCCAUUCAGCCAUUCAGAAGUGCCUGCUCUGUAAAGCCUCCCUCCACCCUUCAAAAGCCUUUGCUGUUAGGGAAGGGAGGUAUCCUGGCUGCCUCCUAACCGGUGACUUGUCUCACUCUGUGCAUUUGUGUGUGGUUUUGUUUUUUUUAUAAAAAGAGAACUCUGA